UUAGUCAAGCCUCCCGAUGUGGACCUCCAACAUGGCGGACAAACAUAUACCGAUGACAUGAUCGAAAACUGUCCAUUUUCUAACUUGACGCACAUCUGCAGGUGUGUGUGUCGUGUUGUCGUUGAUUGUCGGCGGUUCGUAAUCGUGUGCAGCGUCCAUCUGCCUCCCCUUGUCGGCAGACUCCAUCACCCACCACCCCCCGCCGCCACCACCACCACCGCUUCGUCGCCACAUCGUUGGGGGCAUUCCGAGUGACGGCCGGUGGGGACGAGUCGACGCAUGAGCAGCUUAAGUGGAACAUGUGCCACCCAUGAGAGGACGCCGCUGUCGCAGAGGACUAUAGAAGGAAGAAGAAGAGGAGGACAAGGGACGAACACGAAGGGGCAAGCAAGCAUCUUUGAUUUAUUUUGGGGACACGGAAGGUUCUUCCCUGAACGUGCGGAAGGGAAAAGAUAAGCUGUGACAUGUAAUUAUUUCCCGAAAAGGAACGUGUGUCGGAAUUACCCGGCUUGAGUCAACAUGUGAUGGAUUUUGUUGAUGUUUCACUCAUUUUGGACGCCUGCUAUUUAAAAUAGAGCCUUCCACCAUUUCUAUAUAUAUCGAAAAUUUGUUGCUCGGGUGACUCCGUUGUCUUGUUGGAAUCCCUCGAGAGUUUUGAGGGGAGUAAAAGGUUUUUCUUCUUUUUUUUUUUUUUUUAGAAAGUGACCCUCCGAACCUCUUACGUAAAUGUUUGCGUGCAGUUCGUGCUUUGGUUGUCGGUUGCAUCCCCCCUCCCCCCCUUCUACCCUCUCAGACACUAAUACUGUGCACACAUAGACUCACCUGAGCAUACACACUAUGCAUACAUAAUUGCACAGACUGACACACAUAAUCCCCCCCCCCCCCCCCCCCACCGUCGCCCCCCUCACCAAUUGAUGAAUCCGCGUUAUAUAGGUGGACGUGGCACGGACCCGGCUGUAGCAUCCUACGCCUCCUCUUUCUCCUCACCACCAGAGCCGCCUCACUCGCUUCACCGUCCUCUUCCUCGUCACUAUGUCCUCGUCGUCGCGCAAGAUCUCCUCGGAGUCUUUCAGCAGCUCGGUGGGCUCCGAUUGCGGGCUAGAAAGCCCCGGCGGGGACGGCGGACUGGAGGCGGCUGAGGAGCUCCGAGGAUGCCCCUUCUCAUCCUUCCACAGACCGCUCCUCUGGAACGGCCGCAGCCCCGCCGAGAGGCUCGCGUGCCCGGCGGGUGAGGAGCAGCCAGGAGCCGGCGGGUCACACAAGAGGGUGACCAGGAGGAGAAGGGUGAACCUGGACUCGCUUGGGGAGAGCCUGAGGCGGCUGACGUCACCCACGACACAGACUGUUCAAGAGGCUCUGCAGAGGACUCUGAAGUUUUACAGGCAACAAGAGAUCAGGUUUCCCGAUUCUGGUAAAGAGGACCGGCAAAGGGAAAGUAAAGAUGAGAAGUGCCCAUUUUUAGAAAAUUCUGGUUCAGAAGAGGAUGUCCUUCAAAUCCUACAGUACAUGGGCACCAUAUUGGGAGUACCAUUCUUUGAACUGCGUGAGCAUUUUGGCGAGGAGUUUUUCGGCCUGUGCUUUGAAGAAAAUGAACGUGUGCUCAGAGCUGUAAGUGGCAACCUCCAGGACUUUUUUAACGGCUUUGAUGCCAUUUUGGAACGCAUUCGCACCUCCACGGGUCGCCGUGCCUCUUCGGAAAGCCCUUCGUUUCAGUGUAAGGAUCCUAACGAGGAAGAGAAGGGCCGAAGAAAAUUGGACAAAGUUGGAGAGAAAGGAACACAAAAUAGCCGCGGGAAGUUGUUGCUCCUACAUUGUUUUAACCCUGCCCCUGUGGUAGGAUUGAUCAUGCCUGGGCUUAUCAGAGCAGUUUCCAGACAGAUCUUUCAUUCAGAAGUGGAAGUAGAAGAAGUGCCCCCUCUGACUCCUUUAUUGCCCAAAGAAGACACACAUCACAGCUAUGGUGAUUCCACCACAGCAACUCCAACUGCAUCCCCAUGUGGCUCCCCUUCCUCUUCUCCUUCUCCACCCUCAACUUUCCCAACCGCUGUUCCUACAGUUUGCGUGUCCUUCCAAAUUCAGGAAACAUGCCCUACCGACUCCCUUCAAAAUGCUGCCCCAGUGAUUCCCAAGAAGGCCUCCUUUCCCCUUUCAACCAAUCCUAGUGAUUUACGCAUCGGCUUGGCCACAUUUUGCCGUGCCUUUCCAUUUCACCUUGUUCUCGGCCCUCGGAUGGAACUUCUGCAGCUUGGCGAGGGAUUGAGGAGGCAGGCUCGCAUCGAUCCUCAUCGGAGUCUCUCGUUCGGGGACUGUUUUGAGAUCGUCUCACCCAAGAUGGAGCCUUCGUUCCAGGGGAUACUACUGAGGCUUGCAUCUCCUUUUACCAUCCGUACAAGACCAGACACCACACAAUUGGGCACCGCAGAAAAGGUAAUGGAGUUGAAGGGUCAGAUGAUCCAUGUGCCAGAGUCUUGCUCUCUGAUGUUUCUGGGCUCACCUCGUGUUGACAAAUUGGAGGAACUUAUGGGGCGGGGCCUCCACCUGUCAGACAUCCCCAUCCACGAUGCCACGCGGGACGUCAUCUUGGUGGGGGAGCAGGCCAAAGCUCAGGACGGCCUGAAAAAGAGAAUGGACAAACUCAAGGCCACAUUAGAGCGCACUCACCAGGCAUUGGAGGAGGAAAAGAGGAGAACCGUGGACCUCCUGUAUUCCAUAUUUCCGGGGGAUGUGGCCCAGAAACUGUGGCAGGGUCAACCGGUACCCGCUCGCAAGUUCGAUGACGUCACCAUGCUGUUCUCUGACAUCGUGGGCUUCACUGCUGUGUGCGCUCAGUGCACGCCCAUGCAGGUCAUCUCUAUGCUGAAUGAGCUGUACACUCGCUUUGACUACCAGUGUGGCAUUCUGGAUGUUUAUAAGAUAGAGACCAUAGGUGACGCCUACUGUGUGGCAGGAGGUCUUCACAAGAAGGUCGACAGUCACGCAAAGCCCAUCGCACACAUGGCUUUGAAGAUGAUGGAACUUUCUGAAGAAGUACUCACACCUGAUGGAAAACCUAUUAAGCUUAGAAUCGGCAUCCACACAGGCUCCGUCCUGGCUGGUGUGGUUGGAGUUAAAAUGCCAAGGUAUUGCCUAUUUGGGAACAAUGUGACGCUGGCUAGCAAGUUUGAAUCAGGGAGUCAUCCCAGGUGUAUCAAUGUCAGUCCUACAACCUACCAGUUGCUAAAAGACGACCGAUCAUUUUCCUUCGUCCCUCGUUCACAACUGGAGCUCCCUGAGAAUUUUCCCAAAGAGAUUCCGGGAACCUGCUACUUCCUGGAGGUGGGAACGUCACACAGCCACGCAUCAUUGACCAGCUCUCGUUCCGCUCCUCCGGCCUCUAUGAGGAAAGUGUCCUACAGCAUUGGGACCAUGUUUCUAAGAGAAACAAGUUUGUAGGUGUCACACAAACACAAGCGUACAUGACUACCGACUACCAGAACUGAACGUGUGGAGCCGGCAGGAUAGCAAAUAACACACAUCGUGGAUAUGCAAUUGACAACCUGGGCUCACUGCUGUGGGAUGGAAGAACAUACAAAAAUAUUAUUUUCAUCCCAGAUGAUGAAUAUGAUUUUUACAUGGGAUUAAAUAGUGGAGAAAACCAAGCACGUUUAGUUUGCGGGGUUCUUUUUAGCCACUCGUGGAAGCUCUCCUCUGCAGUCUUUUGUGUCAUAAGAAGAACUUUUCCAAUCUCAAAGGUCUCAUGCUUUGACAAGAUCCGGAUGCGUCGGUUGAAUGAUUAUUAGGAUUUUCACGACGAAACCAUGAAGGAGGCUCUGUGAACUACUGUGGGAGCGUCUGAGGACCACUGGUGAACGACAACACACACCUCCUUCCAUCCGACCGAAUUCUUGUCCUGCGGACAUUGACGUGCAUUACAACAGCGCCUCCCCUUCGAGGAACAUUCGGACGGGGCUGAGGAGAGACAGACGAGAAGCGUCGAUGUGGGGAUAGUUCGGAAAAAAGCUAACAGAAAAAUAUUAAUGCCAAAAAAUGCUAGAACUCGAGCCUUUUUCUGCUUCUAACUCACAGCAAACUGCAGUCUACAACAAUCCAGCCAUUUCAUUUCAGGUAGUAUGUUCAGAAGUGACAGUUCAAACGCUAUUCCCAGCUCAGUGCCUUUUUACUGCUCAAAUCAGGACAAAAAACAAAAACAAACAAAAACAAACGCGUACACAUAGGAUGGAUUGAUUUCAGAUAUCUGAGGGAAAAAAGGCAGCACAUGGACACACUUGUCCUAAUCUCUUUUUCUACCCUCUCUGCCCUGUGAAAGAUUCCAAACAAUGAGAGCCAGUGAGGGAGCCGCAUAUACUGAACAUCACCACCACUGCAGUUACCAGCUGGUGGCAUCAAUUCAUUUGAGUCAUACGAGGACAAAAGGGGGGGAAAAAAAGUGCACUUCAUAUGUUCCAGCUAUUUCUAAUGGCAUUUCUCCAUUAUGUCCACUUCUGCCAAUAAUACACGGGGUACAGUUUAGCGCAUAUGUACAUGUAGUCACAGCAUAUGCAACACCGUUCAUAUUUGCAUACAUUGUUUUUUUUCUUCCAGCUCCAUUACGAUUCUAUUCUUCUCUCUUCAUUUUCCUGCUACAUACUUGAAAUCUCAGGCCUUCCAAAUGUGUCCGUGUAGCUCACUAACAUAUAUUUAAUUAAAAAGAAUUUGAUGGUCACCUUUUUUUGUAAAUUAAAUUGGUGAUGACAUUAUUAUAGGUUGUUUAACAUGCAUUUAUAACAGCAUUGGUGAACUCACAAUACCAUGUUUGGAUUAUUUUUUUUCACCGUGUACUCUAACAGGCGCAUAAUAAUCAAAUAAUUGUCAGCAUUUUUGCCGAUUGUGUGGAGUAGGUUGUCGAAGGUUGUUUUGAAGAAGAAUGACAUGACCACAACUAUGGGAAGUUGAGUGAGAUCUGUGCGCAACUCCUCCGGCCGGCGUAUUAUUAUUAAUACGAUGAAACGAAACAGGAGUGAAGAACAUUCUCACAGCCCAUUAAAAUUGGUUUGGAAAGGGCUCCAAAUUUUCACACUUAAAUCUUCUCGAAACCUUUCGACAAUUUCCAACUGCUACAAACAACAUUGCAACUGUGUCCAGCGCCCGCAUGUCCAAGUCAGUCGGUCUUUGCAUGACCCGUUUUUUUUUUUUUGUUUUUUUUUUCCCUCAGGCUUGUUUCGCAGGUUUCUUGAAACUGCAGAAGGCAUAUUGUGGUGCAGACACAGGCAAUAAAAGUUAUUUCUACUGUAGAAGUUGGGUCAUGUUAGGAAGGUGUAAUAGUCAACUGUAACCAAAUCUUUUUUUUUUAACGUCCAUCCAUCCAUUUUCUGAGCCGCUUCUCCUCACUAGGGUCGCGGGCGUGCUGGAGCCUAUCCCAGCCGUCAUCGGGCAGGAGGCAGGGUACACCCUGAACUGGUUGCCAGCCAAUCACAGGGCACAUAGGAACAAACAACCAUUCGCACUCACAGUCAUGCCUACGGGCAAUUUAGAGUCUCCAAUUCAUGCAUGUUUUUGGGAUGUGGGAGGAAACCGGAGUACCCGGAGAAAACCCACACAGGCACGGGGAGAACAUGCAAACUCCACACAGGCGGGGCCGGGGAUUGAACCUGGGUCCUCAGAACUGUGAGGCUGACGCUCUAACCAGUCGGCCACCGUGCCGCUUUUUUUAACGUUAAAAUGAAAAAUUCUUAUUGAUCACAAUUCAUUUGGUUGCAAAAUAUACAGUAAAUAUGAAUUCCCUGAGAUAUAAAAUGAGUGAAAAAUAUUUACAAUGUUGUCAUAUGGAUUCAUAUGAGGUCAGCUUAGUAUUCAGUGUGUCCCCGUGAAAAUUUACGAGCGAAGCACUGUAACAACAAAUAUCAAACAAAAGAAACAAUUUCAACAGGUUAUUAUUUUUCAGUCAUAAAAAGAGCUUAUUCAACUAAUCGUGAACAUUGCAGUUGUUGUUUUUUUUUUUUAAUGAAUCAAAACAAGCUCUUUCUCCCACAUCGUGGUUUUAUGUUUUGAAUGACUGUGCUGAAAUUCUGUUUUGAAUUUCACUGCCAUAGUAAAAAGAUCCCCAUUAUCCCAUUUAGCCUGGUUUUAAAAGUUUGCUUUAUUCUGUUAUUCAUGUCCAAGGUGUCCAGGGAAACGUCUGUUUGGUUGAUGGAUCUCUGGAUGUAUUACAUUGUUGUAAUAUUUUUUUUAUUAUCCUUAUGUUUUGUACUGAGGCUGAGCAGGAAUCAUGUUGGAUUGGAAGCUGGUGCAUACCAGAUAAUGGUUUGAUAAAAGGUGUUUGACUGACAUUAAGGGCACAUUUUCUUGUCUUAACAUAUGUAAAUAAAACACCAAGUGUGUUUAACAAGGA